UCCGGCAGCCAGUCUAGUGCGCUGUUUGCAAAUAACCUGAGCUGAGCGCUGCGAAGGAGAGAGAGAGAGAGAGAGAGGAGAAGGAAGUGGAGCACUGACGGAGGGGACUGCUGCUCAAAACAAGCCAACGUUUGCAUUGCAGAGGGGACCGCUCUUUAUUGCUCUCACUGACUAAAUAUUUAAAGCGCGGGUGUAGAGAUCGCUCGUUUUUUGUUUUUGUUUUGUUUUUUUUCUUCCCCCCACACCCCCCCUUUUCUCCCAAGACGAACAAGUUCGGGGAAGAAAAAUGGAUGUUUUACCGAUGUGUAGUAUUUUUCAAGAACUUCAAAUAGUUCACGACACGGGCUAUUUCUCAGCCUUACCAUCCCUGGAGGAGUACUGGCAGCAGACUUGCUUGGAGUUGGAGCGCUACCUACAGAGCGAGCCCUACGUCUCCACGUCCGAGUUGAAGUUCGGGGGCCAGGAGGACCUGUGGAGCAAGCUGAUCCUGGCCUGUGGGGACAAGGCCAAGGCCGAGUCGGAGCCAAGCCUGGCCCCGGCCCACGAGGAGGACAAUCAGGACAGCCAGAUCUUGGACAGCAACAGCGUGAACUCUGACGCCAGCAGCGAGGCUUCGGACAGUUUCGAGGAGCUCUCCCCCACGCACAGCUUUACCUCCAACCCCUUGGGGUCCGUCUUGGUCGGCUCUGGACCUUUUAGCCCCUCGGUCAUCAGUACUCCCCCGUCGUCCCCGGAGGCCGGCGUCGGCAUGGCCGCCGGCGUCAACGGCUGGGUGGCCACGCACGCCGGGCUGAGCGUGCCGGUCAAAAUCAGGACCGGUGGCGGGGUUGGGGGCGCGGCGGCGAAGGCCGCGGAAAAGACUGGAUCCCUGUGCGGGGACGCGUCCCCGGACGCCCGGAGGCGGGUACACCGGUGUCACUUCAACGGCUGUCGUAAGGUUUACACGAAGAGCUCGCACCUGAAGGCACACCAGCGCACUCACACAGGUGAGAAGCCGUACAGGUGUUCGUGGGAGGGCUGCGAGUGGCGCUUUGCACGGAGCGAUGAGCUGACCAGACACUUCAGGAAGCACACAGGGGCCAAGCCAUUCAAAUGCAAUCACUGUGACAGAUGUUUCUCCAGGUCUGACCAUCUGGCUCUUCACAUGAAGAGGCACGUCUAACGCAGGGCCGGCAUCCACCGGGCAACGCAGCGAAGGGGAAAUCCUUUUCUCUCUGUUUUUUUUUUUUUUUUUUCUUAGCUUUUUAUUUUUAUUUUUUUUUUGGUGAAGAGAGGGGAAGGAAAAAAAAAAAAAAUCCAAACGCACGCCAUCUCCCAACCGGUCUCUUGGUUGAACUGUCCCAGAGAGCAGUGUGGCGAGGAGGAGGAGGAGGAGGAGGAGGAGGAAGGGGGGGCGCGUGUUCCAGCCAAAGCAUGCCGUUUUGCACCAUACUGAAAUAACCCAGUGCCUCAGGGACCUCUCUUCUUAGAGAAGGGCGCUCUGAUGGUUGUCUGUUGCAACAAGAGGAUGAAAUCGCGGACGUGGGAAAGGAAAUGUUUUUCGACCGAGGACUUUAAACGCAGAAAAGGACAAAAAAAAAAAAAAAAAAAAAUUUGCUUCAAAAAAUAACAAAACAACAAAAAAAAGCGAGUGAAUGAAUGGUAUGUAUGGUGCAUGAUGUUUUUGGGGACAUCUCCCAGGCAGCAGAUACACUGGUACUUUAAAAAUCUGUCUGAGGUAAGCAUGUGUGCACUGUGAAUGUCUGAGAUUGGCUGACCAGCCGCCACCCCCCCCCACCCACCAUCCUCCUGGGGGAGGAAGAGGAGAAGCGGGACGAAGAGUGCGGAUUGGUGCGGGGCUGGUACCAAUGUUGCUGUGGACUGAAUGAGUUUCUGUGGCGGAGCCGGGGGAGACAUUCCUGCUGUUGUUUCCCAGGUGGCAGUGCGAGGAUGAGGCCAGGUCACGCCUGCCUCGUCUGUCUGGCUCCCAGACUCUGAAGAUGAGGAUGAGGGGGAGGGAAGGGGGAAUUGCUUCUUCUUCUUAUUCCGAAGCAUGUCAGUCCUCGGGUUUGACCAGAAUUGGACGUGAAUUCUUCUGGUGGGUGACCCGGGACUGAAAAGGAGCCCUCCAUGAUAGACAGAAGCUUUGUUUUGGUGUUUUUUUUUUUUUUUUUUUUCUUUUUUUUUGGUGCAGCUACUAAAUGUGCAAUGUGUUAUGUAGCCUGGUUUCUUAUUUUUCUACGAGCUACAAAGCCCAUUUGUAGUCCCAACUGUAUAAGCUGUGUGCUUAGAGGUAUAACACAACUAUACUAUUAACUUCAGUAUCAUAGACAGGUGUUGCAUGGUUCUAGGGAUCGCUCCAUUUCCAGUUUCCACUGUAAUCAGGACUGCAAAUAGUUUCAUGAAAAGUGCAGCUAAAAACGCAAACGGUUAGAUGUUACAAUAUUGUACAUAACAGCCUCCAUGAUUCCUCCCUUUUGGUUUUUUAAGUGGAGAUGCGCCGAUCGGGCUUGAGCAGGUCGGAUUCCAAUUUUGAACGUCUUUGUUGUUUUUAGGGUUGCAGCUUUGAAUCCAACAGCAAAAAAAAAAAUGAAGGAAUAAAUUCUCCCUCUUCAUGCAUCUAAAUGUAUUUCCUCAACCUUUGCCUGAUUUUUAUUUUAUUUUCAUUCAUCUAAAACACGUGUCAAAGUACAUGCUGAUGAUCGAUACAUUUGUAGACGGAAAAAGGAGGGGAUUCUUAGUUUUUAAGCAUUUAACAUGGAAAAAAAUAGCUUUUUUUGUCAGUAUCUUACCCUGCUGGUCACAGUUCAGAGCUGAUCAGGGGAAAAUCAGUCAAUUCCUAAACCUGGCGAAUUGGUCGGUGCAUCUCUACUUUUUUUUUAUUCCCUCUUCAUUCUGGUUUUCCAUCUGCCUGGAGAUUUCACUGCUGCUCACAUCCAUCUGAUGCCUCAAAGACACUUUUUUUUUUUGCAUACAUUUUUUUUUUUUUAUGUGUGCAUACAUUUUCUUUCUAUCUAAUAAUGCACUGUUGACCUUAAUGGUGCCUUAUGCAAGUGACACCCCCCCCCUCCUACCCACCGGGGGGAAGUCGCAUUUGUCGUCUGGGUGAAUUUUACAAGCUCGAUCAAGGCUCAAUUACGAAAACUGUUGCGAUAGUUACAUUUUCCUGAUGGUUAAUGGUGCGGUUGAAUUGUUGACGCAAAGUACCUAUUAUCAGUUGAUUGCCUUUAUUCUUGUUUUUUCCUUGUUCUUUUUUUUUUAUGAGACAGAGCAGCGGAUUAGCUGCUGCUUAUCACGUUUAAAUUAAGUUGUAACAUGUAUAUAAGACAGAUGCUGUAUGUUAAGAGCACUUAAAUUCAUUUAUUAAAGGUGUUAACUACUGUGUAGUAUGUACUCGAGUUCAUCUCACACAGCACAAAGGUACCGAGUGACUAAGAUGAGGUAAAAAAAAUAAAAUAAAAUGCAACAGUGCUGCUCCGUUUUCACAGUGUCGCUGCGAGAUGACCGUCAGAUUAAUACGCUUCGUCGUAUUAACUCAAUUAUUUCAAACGAAAAGGAAAAAAUUUUUUGCAAACUACCCGUCUUUCCUGUAAACAGCCAGGUGUAGAAGCGACCAUCAGUGCUCAGCAACAGCUGGGGGAGGGGCGAAGCGCAGUGUCUGUUUUGCUCUCUAAGCGGAAAUGGUAACGUUUUUGAAACUUAACGCUGGCGUACCUCAACCCGGGUCCUCCCUCCUGUCCCCUGUUCCUGCGUCCCUGCAAGUGGGACUGAAGAAAAAAAGGCUAAAGAUUUAUUGUAAUUAACAGGCUGCAGUCGGACAGGCCCUCGCCUUGUACCGCCUCCCCGGUAAUGAAUUGCUAAAGGCUUUGUUGGCAUGGAAUCUGUCACAGACUGCUGACUGUGUAGGUUGGUUAUUGACCUGUCUGGAGCGUGGUUGUUUUAGCCAAGCUGCAACUGUAAUGUGGAAAGCACAGCAGCGGGCCGGCGGGGAGGAGGAGGGGGUGAUCGAGUGCACCUCCGCGACGCGCGAGGAAAUUAGGCAAAAAGGAAAACGUUAUUAAAGAUUGAGAGGGGCGGGGGCGGAUUCUGGAGCAAAAGGCCAGGAGAGAAAAAAAAAAAAAAAAAGUGGCAGGGAUUUUACUUAUUAACGCUUGUGGAUGAAGCGAUCUGUCCCCUCCUGCCCCGGGGUCAGCGACCUCCAUGUAGGAAUCCAAUGUUGCAGCAAGUCACAAAGCGCGGCACCUAUGGAUUUUUAGAUCACUCGGGCGCAGGAGACGGGAUACAAACUUGAAACUGCUUGCUGCGGUAGAUUUGGGAGCUGCUUCCGAUGCCUCUGAUGGGCGAAGAGCUGCUGCGGCAUCCAUUCUGUGCAAACGGCAGCCAAUACCGUUCAAGUGAUAAUUGAGCCUUGAUUUAGCAUCAUUUUCUUUUCUUUUUUUUUUUUUUUUUCUGCUUGCAUCUAUUUACACUUCUCCAUCAUCCCUUUCAUCCCACUCACCCAGCUGUUCUGUCUCACACAGAGAAAAAAAAAAAACAACACACACACACACACACAGCUCUUUGUUCUCAACUGAAUCUUUGUAUAAAAAAAAAGAAACUUUUGUAAAAUUGUUAUGUUUAUGCUUUAUGAAAUUUUUAUUUGAAAUUGUUUUGCAAAAUUGUUAUAUUUCUGUAUGAAUGUAUUUUUUAUUGGAAUAAUAAGAAAUUCUUAUCUGA